AUGGACGAAAGCAGCCUGGCUAAGCUUAGAAAUACGAGUUUCCUAUACGGACUGGGCGUGUCCUUUGUUGUCUACCUGUUCGUUUCAUACACUGUAACGUGGCUCAGGCUCCGUCACAUCAACGGGCCCCUCCUGGCCAAGUUCUCAUACUUUUGGCUCUUCAGCGUAUCGUUGAAAGGCAAGCAAGCGCUCUACUCGCGGCAAGUCAUCGACAAGCAUGGCCCACUGGUUCGCAUAGGUCCGAAUGACCUUCUCACCGACGACGUGGAGGUCAUUCGCCGCAUGAAUGGGGCUCGAUCGAAGUACGGUCGGUCCAAUUGGUAUCAUGCUAUGCGCAUGGACCCCUAUCAAGACAGCUUGUUCAGCAUCAUGGACACACCAACACACGACAAGCUCAAAGCCCAGCUAUCAUUCGGCUACGGAGGAAAAGAGAACCCCGAAAUCGAAGACGGCGUCAACCUCCAGAUCCAGCACUGGCUUGACCUCAUCCGACGGAAGUACACCUCGAACGAGACGGACUUCAGACCCAUGGACUUUGCGAGGGUCACGGGGUACUUCACGCUGGACGCCAUCACGAAGAUAGCGUAUGGGAAGGAAUUCGGCUACCUCGCCACCGAGUCGGACGUCUACGACUACAUGGAGACGAUGGAGGGCAACGUGCCCAAACUCGCCUUGUUCUCCGAGAUACCUGCCAUGGGGAAAUUGCUCUUCAGUCACACGGCUCUGAAACUCAUUGGGCCGAAGUUGACGGACAAGACUGGUAUUGGCAAGCUCAUGGCCGUGGCCCACGACGUUGUCGGGGAGAGAUUCGGCGCCAAUCCAAAGAUACGUCAGGAUAUGCUGGGCUCGUUCCUCCGCCACGGCAUCUCCCAGCGACAGGCCGAGUCAGAAGUGAUGUUCCAGAUCGUCGCAGGGUCCGACACGACCGCAACCGCCCUCAGAGGCACAAUGCUUCUCAUACUCCUGACACCGCGCGUCUACCGCUGUUUGCAACAGGAGAUAGAUACUGCCGUAACCGAGGGUCGGCUGUCAACGCCCAUGAAGGCGGACGAAGCCAAGCAGCUCAGAUACCUGCAGGCCGUCAUCAACGAGGGCCUCCGCCUCAGCAACCCCUUCACGGCGCUGUCGAUGAAAGAGGUGCCGCCCGAGGGCGACACCAUCCACGGGCACUUCAUCCCGGGCGGGACGCGCAUCGGGCUCAGCAUCUCGUCGAUCCACCGAUCCAAAGCAAUCUUCGGCGCCGACGCCGAGGUGUUCCGACCCGAGCGGUGGCUUUUGCAGGAGGUGGAGGGCAAAGGCAGGGAGGAACAGGACUACCGCUACCGCGAGAUGGCGCAGGCGGUGGAUCUGACGUUCGGGUACGGGCGGUGGGCGUGCAGCGGGAAGGCUGUGGCGUUCAUGGAGCUGAACAAGGUCUUCGUUGAGCUUCUGCGCAACUUCGAUUUCCAGUUGGUCGACCCUGUCAACCCGAUUAAAAUCUGGAACCAUAACCUGAGCUUCCAGAACGGCAUGUGGGUGCGCAUCACGGAGCGCCGUGCGCCCACGACCUAG